CAGUGUGCAGAUAUUAAGCUGUAGCCAGACUCAACCUUAACAUGAGGGCACAAUUAGCUGCACUUUACCUACUUAUUAGCUACGUACAAUGCGCCCUGCCUAAAGGCUACGUCAUCAAAAAACCUCUUGGUGCUGCAUACCGCCUGGUGUAUAACUCCAAAUCCUGGCCAGCUGCCAACGAGCACUGCACGGAUGAAGGGGGCCACUUAGCUGUUCCUAGAUCUGAGGAGGAAUUUAACUUCCUACAAAAGUUGGUGCGUGCAAUGCACUAUCCAAGUAUUAUUGACACUGACAAUAAACUCGUGGUGUGGCUAGGCAUCACUAACAUCGAGGAUUACAAAAUCUGGAAGAAUUUAUACGGCGAAGAUAUAAUGACUACAGGAUUUCACAAAUGGGCUGGUGAAAAUGGCCAGGGUUAUAGCGACGACCCCCAAGAGCCCCACUGCGCAGCCAUGGACCCCGCCAACCCCGGACUCAGGGACUACUGGUGUCACCGUCGCCAACCCUAUAUCUGUCAAAUAGAUCUCAAACAAACUUAACAAUUUGUUUCAUUAACC